AUAGGUUAAGGCCAAGGCUCGGGGAAAGGGAGGCCGAGUCUGGGCCCGCGGGCCCCGCCUUUCGCUCCGACCUGGGAGCCUCGCUUCGCCCCGGGGUCGACGCCCACCCCGCGCAUGCGCACAGCUUACCUAGUGGCCCAGAAAUCGUCUGCUGAGAGGAGUUCAGUUCUGCUAGACAUCGGGGCAACGCCAGCGCUUAGCUUUUUGGUGAAGAGUUGCGGAAGAAUUAUUUCCUGCACGUCUACCGUGAUGAUUGAGGAAGGUGGGAACAAGCGGAAGACCAUGGCAGAGAAGAGGCAGCUGUUCAUAGAAAUGCGUGCUCAGAAUUUUGAUGUCAUCCGACUCUCAACUUACAGAACAGCUUGCAAAUUACGAUUUGUACAAAAACGAUGCAAUCUUCAUCUUGUUGAUAUCUGGAACAUGAUUGAAGCUUUCCGAGACAAUGGCCUUAAUACACUGGACCAUUCCACCGAGAUCAGUGUGUCCCGCCUUGAAACUGUCAUCUCAUCCAUCUACUAUCAGUUGAAUAAGCGCCUUCCUUCUACUCACCAAAUCAGUGUGGAACAGUCUAUCAGCCUCCUCCUCAACUUUAUGAUUGCUGCAUAUGACAGUGAGGGCCGAGGCAAGUUGACGGUAUUUUCGGUUAAGGCUAUGUUAGCAACCAUGUGUGGUGGAAAAAUGCUGGACAAAUUGAGAUAUGUUUUCUCCCAGAUGUCGGACUCCAGUGGCUUAAUGAUAUUUAACAAGUUUGACCAGUUUCUGAAGGAAGUUCUGAAGCUACCGACAGCUGUCUUUGAAGGGCCAUCUUUCGGUUACACAGAGCACUCAGUCCGCACCUGUUUUCCACAGCAGAAAAAGAUAAUGCUGAAUAUGUUCUUAGACACAAUGAUGGCUGACCCUCCCCCUCAGUGCCUUGUUUGGCUACCUCUCGUGCACAGGCUUGCCCAUGUUGAGAAUGUCUUCCACCCUGUGGAGUGCUCCUAUUGCCGCUGUGAAAGCAUGAUGGGCUUCCGGUACCGAUGCCAGCAGUGUCACAACUAUCAGCUGUGCCAGAACUGCUUUUGGCGUGGCCAUGCCAGUGGCCCUCACAGCAACCAGCACCAGAUGAAGGAGCAUUCCUCUUGGAAAUCCCCUGCAAAGAAGCUGAGCCAUGCAAUUAGUAAGUCUUUAGGGUGCGUACCCUCCAGAGAACCUGCACAUCCUGUUUUUCCUGAGCAACCAGAGAAACCACUUGACCUUGCACAUAUAGUUCCUCCUCGCCCUCUGACUAAUCUGAAUGACACCAUGGCUAGCCACAUGUCCUCUGGAGUACCCACUCCCACCAAGAGGUUACAGUAUAGCCAGGACAUACCCAGUCCUUUGGCGGAUGAGCAUGCGCUGAUAGCCUCCUAUGUGGCCCGUCUGCAGCACUGUGCACGUGUCCUGGACAGUCCUAAUCGACUGGAUGAGGAACACCAGCUAAUAGCUCGCUACGCUGCCCGAUUGGCUGCAGAAGCAGGAAACAUGACUCGUCCUCCCACUGAUGUGAGCUUUAAUUUUGAUGCCAACAAACAGCAGAGACAGCUCAUUGCAGAAUUGGAAAACAAGAACAGAGAGAUCCUGCAGGAGAUCCAGCGCCUCCGCCUAGAGCACGAGCAGGCCUCCCAGCCCACUCCUGAGAAGGCCCAGCAGAACCCCACAUUGCUGGCAGAGCUACGGUUGCUGAGGCAGAGGAAAGAUGAGCUGGAGCAGAGGAUGUCUGCCUUGCAGGAGAGCAGGCGGGAGCUGAUGGUCCAGCUGGAAGGGCUGAUGAAGCUACUGAAGGAGGAAGAACAAAAGCAGGCAGCUCAGGCCACAGCGUCACCACAUACGUCACCCACUCAUGGAGGUGGCCGCCCAAUGCCCAUGCCCGUCCGCUCCACAUCUGCCGGCUCCACCCCCACCCACUGCCCACAGGACUCACUGAGUGGAGUCGGGGGCGACGUGCAGGAGGCCUUUGCACAAGGUACAAGGAGAAACCUCCACAGUGACCUGCUGGUGGCCGCUGACUCCAUCACCAACACCAUGUCAUCCCUGGUGAAGGAGCUCCACUCAGGUUGACGGAGGAGCCCAGCACACAGGAACCUGAGCGCAGAGGACGCGGAGCAGGCUGGCACCGGCACCAGGCGGCGCUUCCCCCAGGCACAUUCCUACCCCUCUCCGCUGCACACCUGGACAGGCUCGCGGCCGCCAGACGUCACUCCGCUGCCCCCAGCAGGGAGGGGGCAGACCUGCCUGGAAGGAGGAGCCGCGGCGGGCCUUCCCCUGCUCACCCGGCAUGUCCUAGCAUCUCCAUUACUCCCCUUGGGGCAC